AUGUGGUGGGAAGGACUUCCCGAUAUGUCAACAGGCAGAUUUGGAAGCGCAGCAAUAAACAUUCCGGAACUUGGAGUUUUAGUUCUUGGUGGUCAAGGCGUAGAUGCAGAAGAACUGAAUACUGUCGAAUUGUUUCAAAUUUCUGCAGAAAAUUCAGUUUGGUGCUCAUUUACUCCAAUGUUAAAGACAAUAUACCGCCCUGUUGUAGACUUCUUUCAAGGAUGUGUUUACGUUGUCGGUUCUCAGUUUAGUCACCCACAAACAGCAGAAUUUCUUUCCAUAACUAAUGGUCGACAAGGUCAGUGGACGCUGAUUUCGAAAUCACUUUCCACACGUCGUUAUUUAAGUUCAAUGUUGGCAUUCAGUGACCAUCUCUACAUUGUUGCUGAAGGGGGAAAUGUUUAUGAACUGGAAACGUCACAUGAAGAAAACGUGAGUGCAAUCACAUCUCAUUCAAUACUUAACUGA